AUGCCCCGCGCGCUCCCGCCACACCUCCCGUCGUCCCUCGGGUUCCCGCCCCCGCCUCACCGAGGGGGGGGCGUGUCUUUCUCGCGCGCCGACCAAUGGGAGCCAUCGGCGCGGCGCGAUCAGCCAAUCGGGUCGCGGCGGGGGGGCGGGCGGCGCAGCCAAUGGCGGCGCCUGGGGGGCGGGGCCGGCGGCGGCGGCGGGAGCGGCGCGAUGAGCGCGGAGGGGCCGCGGGAGCUGCGCCAGCUCCAGAAAUCCAAGGAAAAGUCUCUUCUCUCCGGGAAUGUCGCGGACGCCGCCGCCGCCUGCAACCGCCUCGGGGAGCUCUUGGCCGCUCGGGGGCGCUACGAGGAGGCUCUGGAGGAGCACAGGGAGGAGCUGAGGCUGCUGGAAGGGGCCGGGGAUCCCUUGGGAUGCGCCGUCGCCCACCGGAAAAUCGGGGAGCGCCUGGCGGAGCUGGAGAGAUACGAGGCCGCCCUCAAGGGCCUGGACUGGGAAUAG